GAGCAGGGAUUGCCUUGCCUCCGUUUUUUUUCUCGGCGGCUGCUCCGUACUUCUCCCGCCGGCGCGCCGUUUCUCAGACUACGCCGGCUGCUGCUGCACGCCUUCGCGCGGCGUGCGCCGAUUGUGCGGCGUUCCGGGUGACGUCGGACCAGCAAAUCCGGUCGCGCUACUGUUAUCAUCGUUCACGAGCUAAUUCGUCCCGUCAACAGCUGCCAUUAAGCGAAGAACGUCAACGGCAAUCGCACAAUAGGGCGCCUCCUUUCACUCCCCCGCGGAUUGCGCCAGACAUGCGAUGGAUAUCCGUGGCUUGUGAACCGAGGUGCGUUGUCAUCCCCAUCGAUACCGUCCGUGGUGUUUCCAUACGGGCGUCGUGCGCCUGUACGCGGUGACGCUAGCUGUGGCAGCAUGACCGUGACAACUGUGUCUUAGAAAGUGGAUCGGAUUUCGUCCGAGCACGGCAACACACCCGGCGUCGGACUGCGCUCCAGUGACACCAGCAGCAACACUACCGACAGCGGGUCGGCGGCGGCGAUGAGCUCCCGGUCAUGGCGGCAGCUGCCUUGGAUCGUGGGCAUCAACCUGGUGGCCUUCGGUGCACACCUGUGUGCCUGCGGAUGCUUCGUCUACCUGCCGCCCAUGCUCCGGAAGGCCGGAUUCUCGGAAAAGUCCCGCGGCGUGAUCCUGGGUCUCGGUCCAUUCCUGUGCAUCGUGGGAGUUCCGCUGGUCGGGGCCUGGAGCGACCGGUGUCGCUCGCGGCUAGGACGUCGGCGCCCCUUCCUGCUAGGUCUCGGGUUGCUACUGGCUCUAGCGCUGGCGUCCAUCGCGUUCAUCGACCUCAUCUCUGCCACGGCUGUCCAGGGGCCCGUGCUGGCGGCGGCCACCAUCGUCCUUGACUUCGCCACCCAGCUACGCCUUACACCACCAGCGCCCUUGCAGGCGCUGCUGAACCCGUCCCAGUCGCUGCUGUACGACCUAGUGGCAGAUGUGGAGUACGGAUUCUCGGUGUACUCGUUCACGCUCUCUCUUGGUGGCCUGUUUGGGUACCUGCUGAGCGCUCUGGACUGGACCGACACAAUCCUGGGGCAAGCAGGACAGGAGCGUGCCGUGUUCAUACUCAUGCUGGUUGCCCUGACCUCGUGCCUGGCUGUGACGUUUGUGCUGGCCAAGGAAAAGCCGUUGCCACCUGUCAAAGCUACAGAAGCCGUGGCGAAUGGUGACGCUGUGCGUCCGCCGCCUCCAUGCGCUCUCGUCAUCCUCGACAAGGCCCCUCAAGGAGGCGUUGCGGGCAGCUGUCUACCGGUUGUCUGCAACGGCAAUGGCGCCGCCGUUGGCGAACCGGGUACGCCGUCGCACAAUCACAGCCCACUGAACGGCGCCGGUGUGUUCAUAACCUGGCACCACGUGGGCAGCAGCAAGGCCAAGGCCAGUCCAGCCACGGUUCUGCGUGCGCUGUCAUCGGCGCUGCUGGUGCUCGUGUGCGAAGCCUUCUGUCGCGUGUUCGUCGUGAUGCCGGCACGAGCCGCGUCCUAUCUCCUCCGCAUCCCGAUCAACCUGCGGCGACUCUUCCUGUUCCAGCUGCUUGCUUGGAUGGCCCUGUUUGCGCACUACAUCUACUUCACAGACUUCACGGGUGAGGUUAUAUAUCAUGGAAGACCCGAAGAGACUGCCAGUAAUGACGACCGUUCGCGCUAUGACCGUGGAGUUCGAGCUGGCUCUUGGGGACUACUAGUCAACUGCAUUGCCUCAUCCAUGUACUCGCUGACCAUCCAGUGGCGGGUGACGAGUCGCUUCGGCCAGCGCUUUGGCCUUUUGUUGGGCAUUGGCACGUUCGCAAUCGCCAUGGCCGGCCUGCUCGUCUUCACCGACUUGGUCAGCAUGCUUACCCUGUCGGCAUUGACGGGCAUCGCAGCCGCCGCCCUCGACUCCAUUCCCUAUGCUCUUGCGUGCCUUUACUGCGAGAACAGCCAGGAGUACUUCAAGGGAUCUCGGUACACGCCGGGUGUGGGUCAGUGCCUGGCACUGCUGGCCACCGCCGAGUAUUUGUCCCAAGUGAUUCUCACGUUCCUCAUGGGCUACAUCUUCUCGGUGACGCACACCGUGGCGUCGUACGUCGCGGUCGCCUUGGUGUGUGCCCUCGCAUCGUGCUACGCGUCCAUGUUUGUCGUGUGUCCUUCGCCCAAAGACACCUCAUGACGCCACGCUCAAUGUACUGUCGCUGACAGGGUAGAAAACUGGCCUGUCGCGCAGCCAGCGGCUCUUUCCAAUGACAACGACAGCCGCGUCGCUCAACGAACAGCCCAGUGCGGUGACUCUGUUUGUUGACCACCAGCCGGCCUGCACCAGCAGAGGGCGCACCAAUACACCAGGUGCUCUUUGUGGCGUUGCCGAGUGUGCGUCCCUCUAACCGUCCAGUGUAAAGAUCUUUGCGACCGUCCACUCAAGCCUGCGUACUCGCUUGCGCCACGCCUUCUGGAAUUCGCUAUGGUAUGCGACACUCAGAUUAGUGUAUUGACUCAACGAAGGUGCUCAGAAACCAACUACAACUUUCCCACCAAUGCUCAAUGUAAGAAGGUUAAUAUGGAUGUUGCAGCAGAAUACCCAGAUUUGUGGGAUUUUUGCUGCGACCUCUCUCAUAGUGGUUCCUCACACUACGCCCACUGCCUAGGCUUUGAGUUAAAAUGGAAAGUGUAAACAGCCAAACAUGCAGUGCUAAACAAAGAAUGGGGAGACAUCUUGGGGAACGCUGCCUGCUGAGUUACGUGUAAAGUUAUGUGUGUAUUGAAGCGACACUGAAACUUUUAGUUGGUGCGAUAUGAAUAUCCUGUCAGCCCCGCGGCUUUGUGAAUGUCAGAUUACUGAUUCCGGUUUGCUCUUAAGCGACAAGUGCCUCAAAGUGCUCGUUUCUUGCCGCAUGAUUGUUGCUGAUUUGUUUUUCUUUUAAUAAUGUUGGUGUCGGUAGCGAACUUUGAAAAUUGGGCUUGAGAAUUUGUUGACUUUGUGGGAGUGUCCGAAAACGUCAUGAAAUCACGCCUUGGCGAAGUGCAGAAGAUUUGCUAUGUUCUGUACAUUAUAUUUCAUAGUAAUUGCGUCGCAUAGCAAAUGAUAUAAUCAAAGUGUCUUGAAAGUCGACUCUGCUAUAGCGUAGUUCUUGGAUGUAUUUACUACUCAGUUACAUUUUGUGAACCUUUUGAAACAUGUUGCCGCCAGAUAAGUAGAUACUGAACCAUGGAUUCUUUGUCCUGUGUCGGAAAUACCUAGCUGAGCGUAAGACCAAGCAGAUGGGCUGUGAACAGAGGGAGCUCUAUUUUUCUAUUACCACUACAAAGCCGUACAGUUCGGUAACUCGGUGCUCCCACACGAAUAAGUGCUUGAAGCAUUGAACAGGCUUCAAGCAAAGAGAUGUCUGUGAUAUGCGCAGCAAGCUAGCAGCACUGCUGGCCUUUUCUGUAUAUUAUAUAUUUUGUCCGCUUUUCGUGAUUUUCGCCGAAGAGAGCCUUUUAGAAUGGUGCUCAAUGUUAUUUUUAUUUUAAUGUUUUUGCAGAGAUAUUUCAUAAGUAUUUAUGCACGUGAUUUCACGUGCGCAGCUGUAUUCAUGGGUAGAAUAAAAUAAAAAACACUGCGCCUUCACCGGCGUAGACGACGGCA